CCCCUCCCCCCCCCCCCCCCCCCCAUGACAGACACCCGGCCGCAGGCCAUCGCCUCGCGGGCCUCCGCGGCGGCCCUCUGCCACCCGAACCUGUCGCUGGGCGACCAGGUACCAGCAUCGCUGGUGCAUCUCUUCGGCGAGCAGGCUCACCACUGUGGUGAGCUGACCGAGGAGGACUUCGUCAGCUUCUAUGACAUCGCCUCCACCAUCGCUUGGAUCGAGGAGGGCGGCUUCUCCCGAAUCUGCCUCCAGUUUCCAGACAGUCUCCUCCACCACUCGGUGAUUGUGACGCGCAUCUUGGAGCGGCCUUUUGCCGCGCCCCAGAAGGCCCCCCUGGUGGGAGACUGUGGCGCGGCCGGCCGCGCCGAGGGCUGUUGCUCUGGUGGCGCCUGCGACCGAGGCUCGGCCACCAGCGCCACCGCCAGCACCCGCGCAGGUGGCUGCUGCAAGGAGCCCUCUUCCUCGGUGGCCGUCCCCGGGGCCGGGCCCUCCUUCUUCCUGAUGGCCGACUCUUCCUUCGCGGAGGUGGAGGUCGACGAGAUCGCCGCAGCUCAUGUCAACGCUGAUGCUGUGGUGCACUAUGGCCGCGCGGCCCUCGGCGCCACGACCCGCAUUCCAGUGCAGUUUGUCUUCGGCAAGUACCCCGUCCUGCCGGAGCUUCUUGCCAAGGCCCUCUUCCCCACGCCGAUCGACGAGGUCGCCCCCCUGGCCGCCGGUCAGGACUCCAGCGAUGACAGCUCAGUCAGCAUCGACCAGCUGCCUGGCAGCCAAAUCCGCUUGGCGGUCUUCUACGAUGUGGGCUACGCGCAUGCCAUUGGCGACAUUGAGGCGGCCAUCCGGACCCGGCGGCCGGACAUCGCCUGCCUGGCGGUCAGCCACCUGACCCGUUCCUGGCCCGGACUGAAGGCCGCCCAGGCGGGCAUUGGGGCUCUCAAGUGCCAGUGCGAUCAGGACGCCUCCGGGGCUGCCAGUUGCGCGGCCUGCAACCCUCCGACCCUCUCCGGACGGAUCAUCCGCGUGCCCGAUGUCGGCCCCGGUCCCGGGGAUCUGACCCCGCUGGCGCCCGGCGCCCCUGCGCGCACCUACCAGCAGGAGGCCCAGGCCAUGUCCCGCUUCCGUGCCCUGUUCAUCGGGAAUCCCGAGGCGCCGACCCUGGCGCAGCUGAUGCUCCGUUACAAUGCCGCGGUCGAGUGGCUGACCGUGGACCCGGCGCAGGGGCUACUGGAGGGUGGCGCCGGGCUCGGGGCCGCCACGGCCGAUGCCCAGGCCCCGCUGCGGUCAUACACGGUCGGCCACUCGCGCCACGCCACGCCGCGUGUCCUGUCCCGGCGUCUGCAUUUGAUCCAGCGCGCGCGCGAUGCCCUGGUCAUUGUGUUGGUGCUGGCCUCCCCCUCGUCGCCCUAUGCGCUGCCCAUUUGCCGGCGCCUGCAGCGCCUGGCCGGGGCCCAGGGCCGCAAGACCUACACCCUGGUUAUGGGGCAGAUCCGCCCGGAGAAACUGGCCAACUUCCUGGAGGCCGAGGUCUUUGUCAUCAUCGGCGGUGCCGAGACCAUCACCGAAGAUGUGGUCGGCCUGGGCCGGAGCUCGGCCGGCACCGGGUCCAGCGACCGCGACUACUUCCGCCCGGUGAUCACGCCCUUCGAGCUGGAGAUCGCCCUUGGCGAGACCGAGUGGACUGGCAACUACCUGCUGGACCCGGCGGAUGUGUGGCCGAUCCUCACCAAUCCGGAUGCCGCCGCCAGCAAGGCCGGGCCCGAGGACGACUCGGCCACCGGCGAUGGCAGCCCCUCGGGCGACGAGGACAGCGAGGAUGAUGUCUACUAUUCGCUGAUCACCGGGCGCAUGAUGCGUCGCAACCGCGGGGUCACCGAGGCGGCCGGCAGCGCCGGGUCCCGGGCCGAGAGUGCCAGCGGCACGGUUUCGCUGGAGCUCGAGCCGGAGCCUACCGAUGCCAGGCCCCAGCCGGCUGGAGCCAUCGAGCUGCGCCAGGGCCCCGGCGCGCUGGCCUCCUGGAGCCCGUCCACCUCCUUCCUCAACACCCGGCACUAUCAGGGCCUGGAGCCGCGCAUCGGCGAGCAUGCCCCGGUCCUGGCCACCGAGGGGCGGCGCGGCAUUGCCAAGGGCUACUCCGCCGAGCCGUCACACCCGGGUGCUUCUUCGCCCCCCUCGUCGUAGGGGCACGCAUCAUCCAGCCUCCCGGCCUCACCACAUGCGGCCCUCCUCCGCGCACGGCAUUAACUGAAACGCAGACCGCCCGGUAGUUAAUGCGCCCUAGAAGCGCGCCCCCUUCCAAUAUACACCCAAUCCAUUGUCA